UCUGUAGGGACCGCUCCAUAAUCGAGCCAGUUUGGCGAGUCUGGUUGGAAGCCACGGCCCCGGAAGUGGGUGGUUGCGGGUUGAGUCGCCGCUUGGUCAUCGCUGACUGAACUGGCUGCUGGGAUGAGGCUAAGAACGAAUGACGGCUGGAGCCCGUUUGAUAUCUGAGAAAUUGAUUGUGAUCAACUUGAAACCUACAACUGCACCAUUCCCAUUACCUGCUGAAGGACUUAUUGGGUAGCUUACAUUGGAGGCUAAAAAUCUCUGAGCCAAGAUGAUGGAGGAAAUGGAUAGAUUUCAAGUGCCGCCGUCGGUUCAAUCGGAGAUGCAGCCUUUGGACCCAGCAUCCUCUACCACAUCCGAGGCUGACUCAGACACCCGAGACGGGGAACCUGCAACUUUAAACUAUAAACCCUCCCCUCUGCAGAUGAAGAUAGAGAAACAGAGAGAGUUGGCUAGGAAGGGCUCAGUGAAGAAUGGAAAUGCAGGUAGUCCAGUGAAUCAGCAGCCUAAGAAGAACAACGUGAUGGCCAGAACAAGGUUGGUGGUCCCUAAUAAAGGCUACUCAUCUUUAGACCAAAGCCCAGAUGAGAAACCUUUGGUUGCUUUAGAUACAGACAGUGAUGAUGACUUUGACAUGUCGAGAUAUUCUUCGUCAGGAUACUCCUCAGCUGAGCAAAUCAACCAGGACUUGAACAUCCAGCUGCUGAAGGACGGCUACCGUCUGGACGAGAUCCCAGAUGACGAAGACCUUGACCUCAUACCCCCCAAAGCAGUGAAUCCCACGUGCAUGUGUUGCCAAGCCACUUCCGCCACAGCUUGCCAGAUCCAGUAGACCCAUCCCCAUCACCUCGCCAAGACCCCUAACCCUAGCCCCAUCCAGUAACGUCUCUCCUGUGAAUCCAUCUCACCGUGUGAGUGGUGACCAAUUGCCAUGGUUGAGCAUAACAUUACAAAUGACAAAUAAUCAAGGUGGUAGAAGACAAGCAAACGAGCAUACAAUAACCACAUUAAUUCAAGAAUGACAGUGAAUAACAGGGGAAAUAAGGGAAGGGUUAUUUUAAACAAAAGUGUUUUAUUGAUUGCUUCCUCCUAUGGCAGGACAUGCACUUCCUUGUUUGUUUAAAGAGUCAGGAGAAGCUAGUGAGGAAUGGCUCUCUUCCUGGCUGGCCUUGAAUCAUUUAAUUAAAAGUAGUGGAUUAAAAAAGAGAAAGGGAAAAAUAACAUUUCAAUUCAACAUUCAAUUUAGAAAUGUGAGACUUGUUUAAAAUCUGCUGCUAAUUUACACUCACUUCUGUGUUGUGACACAACUGCUUCUCUGUUAUAUUUACUGUUCAAUGCUUACACUUUACAAGUUGUGUUUUAUUAUUUUAUUUUUCACAUGUAAUGUUUUAAUCCUGGACAUUUGGAACAGUCCUGAGAUGUUUUUUAAAGGAUGUUCUGUCUCCUUUUGUAAGGGUUGAUGAGCAUUGCAAGGCUACAGAUAGACAGAGCACAGCACUGAGGGCAGAAUAGUGUAGCAUGUUUAAGGGCAUUGCACUUUUGGUUUGACUUCAAACACUGAUUUACUUCAGAUUGACCCACAUAUCUAUGGUGGAAUGAGAGUGAAUGUAUUACAAGGGAAGAGUGUGUAGGUACUUCUCAACUGAUCAGGCAUAUCAAUCUAUACAUCUUUAAUUUUGCAGUUUCACAAGCCAUGUGGCACAUAUUGCAAUAUACUGCACACUACUUAAAACAUAUCCUUAAAUAUUAUUUUGUGAAUAAUGUGACUUUCCUAUCAAUGCCUCUGACUUUAAUGUGGUUUAGUUUUCCUCCCUAUAAACAGAGGAUACUUAUUACAUUUGGUGAGGGUAAAACAUCUACAAAUUUCCGUGAAAGUAAUUAGGCCAGAAAGUAAAAAUAAAUAUUGGAUAAUCCAUGUUUGGGAGAAGUGAACCAGUCAAUAGAGAGACAUUACUAGGAAAUCUGUUAUUUGAUAGCCCUAAACAUGAGCACAAGAUAUCACACUUGGCCCAUUCAUAAAAAGUAAUAAAAGAGAUGGUACAAAGAAUUUGACCACAGACUUUGAAUUUGAGAGUGGCAGCUACAGUCUUGUGAAAUGGAAAUGUGUUGGCACUGAGGGAAAUGCUCUCCGAGGCACUGCAGUGUAGACAGAGUUUUACUGUACUGACAUAUACUUGAAUAUGACAAGUAUCAGACACAUUCACUGUAUGUUAACGUCGUCAUCUCUGGUUAUGUGGAUUUUGUUCUGUUAUGUAACAUUUCUUGUAGGUUCUUGGUCUAAAAGAAACUCACCUCUUCACACCAAUCACCCAAAUGGUUCCAUUGGUGUUGACACAUUUACUCAGUCCUCCUUUUAUUUUCAGGAAACACACCACAUUCCCAAUAAUGAUUUGAAAACCGCUCUAUUACUGUACAUGGGUUUGGUUUUGCAAUUUGAUUGUUUGUUUUACUAAGAGCAUGGAUGUGUACAACAUUUUAUAACAUUUUGUUGUUAAACUGCACUCGCUCAUGUCCAAAUUAGUUUGCGUAUAGAGUAUGCCUUAAAUGAGGAGUACUAACAAGAAUGGAAAUGCUAUGUUUGGAAGACAUGCUGACAGUGUCUUUUUGAAACAAAACUUUGUUUUUUUAACAUAUUAAUGAUUAUGUAUAGACAUAUCCAUGAGUAUUUAACUAUGUUACAGUUAUUUGUUGUGUAAGAUAUCAAUAAACACAAAGCCAAAUGAA